AUGCACUCGGCUCUCAUACCUCGGUGCCUGUCCUAUUUGUUGUUUCCCCAGUCCAACUUUAGCCAGAAACGAAGGCAAAUCUCGUCUUUGCGGGAUCCUCUUUGCAAAGUUCGUAUUGCUUUUUGGGAGCUAUUAGUGGACCUCCGCCGCUCCUUUACUUCCCUGGGUCUCUCGACUCGAACGGUUCCGUCUUUGCUGGUGUCUUCGACUGCUCCUGACCAAACUCGUAUUUACUUGGGGCUAGAAGCUGCUUCUCCCCUCCCACCUUCGUUUUUCGGUUUGUUUCUCACGGACGACUACGGCAGAUGCAGACUUAGGAGCCAGAAGAAGCAGCAGCAGCAGUCAAGCAGUAGUGGCAGCAGCAAGCGUGCGCACCUCCACCUUACCGUCAUCGCUCCUCUUCGAUCCUUCCCCGGUUACUUCGGUCUGGACGACGCGAGCCUGGAUCCUGAACCUGGCAAACUGGGCUUGCCUGACCACCUCGGAAACUGA